GAACACAAAAACAAAUUAAAUGUGAAAUCUUAUCAAAAUAAAGGAAAAAAAAUUACAGAUAUAAGCUGGACAAAUUCAAACACAUAAAAUCAGCCACGAGCAUCGAGGAAAUUGGCGCGAUGGAACCAUCAGCUUGCGAGGACCUAAAGGCAUUCGAGCGGCGACUAACAGAGGUGGUUUCAUCAUACAGGCCACCCACGAACCGCUGGCGCAUCAUAUUAUCGGCAUUAUCCGUUUGCACGGCAAUCAGUGCCUGGUAUUGGCUGAAAGACCCGCGCACAACCGUCGUGCCGCUAACCGAAUCGCUAUGGAUACACCCUAUCUUCACAGUGGCCACAGUCACAUUAAUAAUCCUCUUCAUAUUCGGCAUACAGAAGCUGGUUGUGGCACCACAGAUAAUCACGUCUCGUACGCGGUCAGUGCUAACCGAUUUUGCCCUGGACCUCGAACCGCAUACUGGAAAGUUAAUAUUAAAGCCCCGGCAAAGUAAUAACAAUGGAUGCAAUACAUGAAGUUUUCUAGACACACUUAUUUAGUUUGCCUUGCCGAUAUCCAUUUAGACCCUGAUGAUGCACACUUCCGUACUGAUUGUUUACUCGCAUCUGAAAACCUUAGU